AUGGGUGGUACCUUGAGUUGUUCAUUGGAGGUGGCUCUAUUGAUCAGCAAUCACUGGGCAGGGGCACAAGCAGUGUCAGUGCCUUCCCACCAACCUGGUGAGCUGGUAUUGAAGCUGCGACACCGCAUUGUUGUGGAUGAGCGAGAGCUGCAACGCAGAACCCAGCGUUGCUCCUCCCUGGAACAGGGACCUUUUUGCAUGAAACUGGGCCAUCCAGGUCUAGGUGUGUCUGGGCUGGUUGAUGGCAUGCUUUCUCAACAACUGCGGGAGAAUCAUCCGGAAGCCUUUCACUGGGAUCAGCGUGAUCGUUCAACGACUUUGACAAUAAACCACCUCCUUGACAGAUUGGGAGGUGAAGAGGAUGAAAUCCAGAAGAGACCUCAGAGACCUCAACGACCUCGUUGCUUUGAGCUCCAGCUUUGGCGGCUGCCGCCCAGCUUCAGCUUUUUGCCCGAAUCUUUUGGAGAAGGUUUUCCGGUGGAUGCAGCUCCAAGGUGGCAGGGCGUUUGGCAAGUAGCACAGUGUCCCCUGCCAUCCUCUCCGGCAACAAUGCUUUUCUUCGGAGAGGCUCACCCUGGGCGUGGGCCUUGUCUACGUGUUCAUGGCCUUGGACCAAAGCGUAGGGCCUCCGUGAAAUUUGGGAGGCCGUUGGUGCUGCAUCGUGUGGUGGUUGGUAUUCCAGAUUCAGUUGCUCGCCUGGAGAGCUGGGACCGGGGCUCAUUUGUGUGUGGCAUGAACAAGGGUUUCGAGAGAUGGUGCAGAGACAUUGCACACAUUGCUGAAGACGCCAAAGCGUCCAAGACGCAUGGCGCAGGUGAUGGUACCUUUUAUAGAGAUGUUGGAGACAGCUUCCAGAUGAUCGAUGAGGUCAUUUUCCACCAGGUCUCCCCAGAGGGGCUCCUGAUCGGCGGAUUGGCCGCAUCCAUGGCGCCGGAAAAAAACAACACAACUCAGGUGGUCAUGCUGCUACAUCGAAAAUUCGAGCAAGGUGACAAGUUGCCUGUGGCACCUCCAGAACCUUUUCUCACAAACGUGGUGUCCAUAUCUACCAACGCUGUAGUUUGGACAGCAGAUGAGAUUCUGGCGAAUGGCCUUGGUUUGAGCGGCUACACAAGUGGUGUGGAGCAUUUGCGCAGUCGAGCCAAGUUCUUGGCAGAGGAGGCCUCAAAAUGGCGGGAGGAGACAGAAACGAUUGAGGAGAAGCCAGCGGAGCUCACUGAAGAGGAAGAGAUCCUGAGUUCCGAGACCGAUGAGCAGGAGCUGCUUGAGCCACUUGAGCCACUUGAGCCACUUGAGUCGCUGGAGCCGCCUGAGCCAGAAACGUCCGAAUUUGAUGCCUCAUUGCAGGAACAGUUGGUGGAUGCACUAUCUGAGCUGUUGCAAACGUUUGGCGUGGAAGGAGCCGAAGAGUCACAGAGGUCAUCGCCUGUGAAGUUUGAGACCGUGCAGGUCGGAAAUGCGCAGGUGGUCAUGGCUAAAGUCAUGGCCGAUGUGCAAGUUGAGACCAAGGUUCAAGAGCUGCUGGAAGAGAUGACAUCAAGUCUCUUAGAUCAAUUGAAGCAGGCUGAUGGGGCUGAGUCAACAGAUUUUCCCCUUGCACAAGGCGCACAAGGCCUUGCAAAGACGGUUCUGAAGAGCCUAGCUGGAUUCGAGCCAAACAGCAUCAGCAAGUCGGUGCUGUGGGAACAGGACCCAAGGCAUGCUGAGUUCUUCACCAAGGCUAUCUUUGACAGGGUACAAGCCCAGGGGACAUCUCCAACGAAGAAGGUCUUGUACGAAUCACUGGCAAUGUGGGUAGAUAUGGCACUGGGGAAGACCAAGAAGACGAAGGACCUCAAGCUGAAGGCAUCAUUGAUGAUACAGGAGCAAGGUAUGGAUGUUGGACCACCACAAGAGAAUAUUCAAGCCAAUGAAGGUGAAUAUCCACCUGAACCAAAGACAAGUGCUGAGGAUUGGCUCCAGCAGCUGAUGUCUUUGAAACCCAAACCUCUGGUCUUGCGCGGAGCCCUUGCAGAUUGGCAGCUGCUGCCAGUGUUGCUCAAGGCGUCGUCACCAACCUCUGCCAGGCAAGCACCAUCCGACAACUUUUCUUUCAAGGAGCUCCUGGUGACACUCGCAGGGACUUUGGGCCGAAGCUUCUCUCCACUGACUCAGGCAGUGCUGACAGCAGUUUCAGACGCGUCAAUCCGUCUUGGAAAGCUGGGAAGAAGCCCUCCAUCGAAGCUAAGUACUGGCAUGCUCCGUCAGUUCUCGGAGGAGGUGGUGAAGGGUGCUUUGGACAAUCUUAAGGCAGCAAAGCUUCGUUUGUUUGGAGCUGGAGCUGUGGUGCUGAAGGCCAUUGCCAUUUUCUUGGAUCAAGCUGACAGGGAACCUCGAGUGGAGGACAGCGACAGCGAUGACUCUGGCUCAGAGUCUGCUCGCCCACCAAAGCCCCUUCCUACUGUGCUGAGCAACCUUGAAGGUCAUGCGUGGAACAUUGUGCUGGCCAUGAUCUUCUGCGGGACCGCAGCUCCAAAGCUGAGAGGGCAGGUUCAUCCUGGCUACCUUUCCUCAGUGUUGAAACCUGCUUUCGGAGCAAUUGCUGGAGAAGUUCCACUUUCCACUGGUCUCACAAAGGAGCAGGAGGAUGUUGUUUGCAGCAGUGGCAAAGGCUUCGUUGAGACUGCCCGUGCCUGGCUAAGGCAGCUUGCCUCGAGGGCUGAUGACAGCGAGGUGUUGCGUUUUAUGCACACCGGCUUUGUGCGCCGACAGGGAGCACGAGACUUUGCUCAGCUAGGCUUCGAGCCUCCACCACCUUCUCGAAGCCGUGCAAAUACGGAGAUCGAAGUUCGCACGGAGCCAACUCCGUCUCCAAAGCCUCGCAUGAGCAUUCGGCACAAUCCCGAGGAGGAGGCAAGACUCAGGGCAAUUUUCGACCAGUGUGACACCAAUGGAGAUGGCACACUAAACAAACGAGAGCUGAUCAAGAUGUGUCGUGCCAGUGCGGACACAGCAGAGUUUUUUGGUUUGCCAGCAAAUAUCCGACAGGAGGAUGGAACAAGAGAUCUUCUUGAAGCCAAGUUUCAGAAGAUGGACCAGAACAGUGACAGGGAGGUGAACUGGGAGGAGUUCUGCGAGUGGUACGAGUGUGAAGUCCUGUUGGAGCAAGAAAGGGCGUCGCAAGUAGGCGAAGCAGAGGCUUCGCCGAAGAUGAACAGUGAUGUGCCGGUCAACGUCAAAAAGUCCUUGGUUGGAGAGGAUGACACAGACUCUGAGGACGAGUUGCCACCACCACCUGCCCAUACAGGAUUCGCCAGUAUUCAAGCUUUGACAAGCAUGACAUCUGAUGGACGGCUGUUGGUGGAGGAUGUGGAGGCUGGUCAGAGUCAAAAGGUUCCACUGGAUCUGAGAAAACAGACUGCUUACAGGCUUGCUGUGGGAUUCCUGGGUCUGGACCCGUUUCGAGAGAUGGGCAAGCAGCAGGUGAAGCUGCAAAUACUUGGUGCAGGCUUUUCUCGGUCUGGCACCAAAUCACUACAAGUGGCCCUAGCAAAGCUGGGGCACAAAAUCUACGACACACGCUCGGUGCUGCAAUGGGGACACGCAUCCGCUUGGAUACAAGCUGCUGAGCAGUUGCGAAAUGGAAACCAUACCCUGCUGGAGGAGAUGAUUUCGACUUUGGAGGACCUCGGCUACACUGCCACAAUGGACUUCCCCAUGAACCUCUUUGCUUCAUCGAUGGCUCAAAGACGACCGUCGUCCAAGGUCAUCAUGACUGUAAGGCCGCCAGAGGAAUGGCUGUCUUCCUGGGCCAACAUCAAUGACAUCAUGUCACUUUUAGUGGCAAGACCAUGGGCCUGGCUGGUGGAUAUGACUUUCAACCAGCAGCUUCUAAAGGUUCUUUUGGACUUUGACUGGCCCUAUCCGUCGUACCCAGCUCAUAUCUCGCGACCACUACCUUGGUUUGAGAUUGUGACCUACUUGCCAGGGUUUAGUCCGGAGAAGAGACAGGACUGGAUAGCUUUGCACCGACGCUUUCGGACGCAGCUGGAAGAGACACUGCCUUCAACUCGUUUGCUGAUCUUUGAGGAUCGCCAUCACCUUGCCAUUGUGGUUGGUUCUGUCAGCUUGGCUCAUUCCAAAGCUUGUCGUGAAGCUCUGUUGUUGCUGCAUCCGCUGGACGCCAAGAUUCAACGUUGCGAGAUGGAUUUGGAGAUGGAAGAUGACAGAAUGCAGGCAGAGAAGUUCUUGGAGUUUAUUUUUGACCAGGUCCAGAGCCAAAGAGAAGACGAACAGGGGAUCACUCGAAAAGACUUUGAAGCGGCUUUGGCAGCUUCGUGGGCGACUUAUGGUGACUGUUUUGAGCAAUCGGAUGAUGUCUCAGAGGAUCUGGCAGAACAACCCGUGGGGCCAUUGGAAUUUGUGGAUCACUUCCUCUCCCUGGACCCAGCCGAAGCCCUGCACGGCCUCCGGUUGUUGCAGCCACCUCCAGAACCGUGGCCAGACAUUUGUCUUCCAAAGGUUCAGCAUUCUAGACGGGACGGACUUGAAAUGGUGAAAGAAGACACAGCAGUGGCGGCGCUGGUGGAAACCAUGGCAGCCCCGGCCAUAGAGGACACAGUUGAAUCUAUGACUGAAGAGAUGCUGCCUGAAGACGAUCUGCCACUAGAUUCAGUGGAUCCAAUGGCUCCAAUAGAUCCCAAAGCUCCGACGGAAACUUCAGCAUUUGCCAUGGCUGAAUCCCUGCCACCAGCUGUGACACCACAGAGAGUCAUAGAGGUUGCAGAUCCCAUAGAGCCCACAGUGCCGGUGACAGAACUCCCACGAACAGAACCAAUUGAAGCACAAGCCACAGCAGUGCAGUCGGUGAUCAUCACUGAAGCCACUGAUUCAGAGGAUGAUGAGCCUGCCGACAAAACGUGGUUCCAAAGGCCAGAGGAACCAGUAGAGCAAGACGAUGAGCCCCCAAGAAUUCUGAAAGAGGUGGGGCAGGCGGAGCCCAGUGAUGUUGUGCAUGCAGAGAACAUGGCUUUGGAAGAUGAAGUCAUUCCGAUGCACAAUGAAGAGGACAAGGCGGAACCUGCAGCACUUCAGAUAAUCGAGGUGAGAGACGAUUCGCGUGAAAUGAAGUACUCUCCACCGGAGAACUGGUUCAGCGAUGAUGUCAUUCCCGCCGUGCCUCCUCCGCCGGUUUUGCCUGAGGUGGUACAGCAACAGGAUCCAUCAGGUGGAUUGCCUUUGAUCCCGUCUGCAAGAGGAAAUCCGCCAGAGAGGCAAGCCUGGGGCAGCGAAAGUGCAUCUGCCCAGAAGGCACUGGAGUUGCCCUCGAUGCUGUCCACUACAGCCAAUACGUCUCAAGAGGAGUCGCAGCGCCUGGCACUACCGUGUUCAGACACAGUAUUGCCUACCUUGACCUUUAGUCAAGAUGAUGUCGCGGUGCAACGUUUUGAGCUCAAUUGUGUUUGUUCCACCUACUGA